CCUUGCUCCAUUGCUUCACCCCUGGCCUUUGGCCAGUGGAUCCGUCCUGAGGGGUAGGGGCCCAGACUCGCCAACUCGCUGCAGGCAUCCUGUGGACCUGCGGCUUCUGCCCACCCAGCAAGCAGGAGCUAGAGAUGCUAUUAGGCUGUCAUUUUAUCGAAUGUAAGAAGUCAGUGCAGAGAUGGAAAACUUCAUUCUGUAUGAGGAGAUUGGCAGAGGAAGCAAGACCAUUGUCUACAAAGGGCGACGGAAGGGAACAAUCAAUUUCGUAGCUAUUCUUUGUACUGAUAAGUGCAAAAGGCCGGAAAUAACCAACUGGGUCCGUCUCACCCAUGAAAUUAAACACAAGAAUAUUGUAACUUUUCACGAAUGGUAUGAAACCAGCAAUCAUCUCUGGCUAGUUGUGGAACUCUGCACAGGUGGUUCCUUAGAAAUGGUUAUUGCUCAAGAUGAAAACCUCCCAGAAGAUGUUGUAAGAGAAUUUGGGAUUGACCUGAUUACUGGAUUAUAUCAUCUUCAUCAACAUGGGAUUCUCUUUUGUGACAUUUCUCCUGGGAAGAUACUCUUGGAAGGGCCUGGCACACUGAAGUUUAGUAAUUUUUGCUUGGCCAAAGUGGAAGGUGAAAAUUUGGAAGAAUUCUUUGCCUUGGUGGCAGCAGAAGACGGAGGAGGUGAUAGUGGGGAAAAUGUACUGAAGAAAAACAUGAAAAGUAGAGUCAAAGGAUCUCUUACCUAUACAGCUCCAGAAAUUGUGAGGGGUACCGACUUCUCUAUCACCAGUGACCUCUGGUCCUUGGGCUGCCUGCUCUAUGAAAUGUUUUCAGGAAAACCUCCGUUCUUCUCAGAAAGUUACUCAGAAUUAGUUGAAAAGAUUUUUUAUGAAGAUCCUUUGCCACCUACUCCAAAAGAUUCUUCACGUCCUAAAGCUUCUUCAGAUUUUAUUAAUUUGCUUGAUGGUUUACUUCAAAAAGAUGCUCAGAAAAGAUUAACUUGGGCAGGCCUACUGCAGCAUUCAUUUUGGAAGGAUGCUUUCACUACAAAAGAUCAAGACUCAAGCACCGAGGACUCCAGUGUCAGAAACUCAGAGUACUCUGGGUCACAGGAUUCCAAGGAGCUUCAGAAGAGCCCUCAGGGUGGACACGCGAAAGGGGAGAAGAGUGGUCGACAGCUCAGUCACUCCAUCAGACUAGAAAAUCCAUCUGAGUUGUGGCCUAAGAGGACUCUUCAGGGUCGAUCGAAUGAGUCCAUGUUUCUUCUCAGUUCUCGUCCUACUCCAAGAACCAGCACGGCAGUGACAUUAAAUCCUGGUGAGGCUGUGACUCAAAAUUCGCCACAGAAGACUUCUCCCUUGACCAAGAUUACAGUUGGACACCUGAGUCAGCAGGACAUGGAGUCCCGGAUGAGAGAGCUUAUCUACACAGACUCAGAUCUUGUCAUCACCCCGAUUAUCGACAAUCCAAAGAUAAUGAAACAACCACCAAUUAAAUAUGACCCAAAAAUAUUGCAUCUCCCAACACAUUCAGUGGAUAAAUUAGUGUUUCUAAAAGACCAAGAUUGGAAUGACUUUUUGCAACAAGUGUGCUCACAGAUUGACUCCACCGAGAAGAGCACAGGGGCCUCCCGAGCCAAGCUGAAUCUCCUCUGCUACUUGUGUGUGGUGGCUGGGCACAGGGAGGUGGCCGCCAGGCUCCUCCACUCACCCCUGUUCCAGUUGCUAAUCCAGCAUUUGCGAAUAGCUCCAAACUGGGAUAUAAGGGCCAAGGUCGCUCGGGUGAUUGGUUUACUGGCCUCGCACACAACUGAGCUCCAGGAAAAUACACCUGUAAUUGAGGCAGUUACUCUCUUAACUGAAUUAAUUAGGGAAAACUUCAGGAACAGCAAAUUAAAACAGUGCCUUUUACCAACGCUGGGGGAGCUGAUCUACCUUAUAGCCACUCAGGAAGAGAAAAAGAAGAACCCCCGAGAAUGCUGGGCCGUUCCCUUGGCUGCAUACACGGUGCUAAUGAGGUGCCUUCGGGAAGGGGAGGAACGUGUUGUGAAUCACAUGGCAGCAAAGAUUAUUGAAAAUGUCUGCACUACCUUUUCUGCUCAGGCCCAGGGCUUUAUUACAGGAGAAAUUGGACCUGUUUUAUGGUACCUAUUCAAACAUUCUACCAUUGACUCUCUCAGAAUAACAGCAAUAUCGGCCUUGUGUAGAAUCACUCGCCAUUCGCCUACUGCCUUCCAGAAUGUGAUUGAGAAGGUGGGACUGACCAUGGUAAUAAACUCCCUGGCCUCUGCCAUCUGCAAAGUUCAGCAGUACAUGUUGACCUUAUUCAGUGCUAUGCUGUCCUGUGGAAUUCAUCUUCAGAGGCUGAUCCAAGAAAAGGAUUUUGUCUCUACAAUUCUCCGUUUACUGGACAGCCCCUCGACUUCCAUCAGAGCAAAAGCCUUUCUGGUUCUUUUAUAUAUUUUGAUUCAUAAUCACGAGAUGCUACUGCUCAGCUGCCAAGGAAGACUGGUGAUGUACAUCGAGAGAGACAGCAGAAAGACCACUCCAGGCAAGCAGCAGCAAAGCGGCAAUGAGUACCUGUCCAAAUGCCUGGACCUGCUCAUCCGUCACAUCGUGCAGGAACUGCCACGAAUCCUAGGUGACAUUCUGCAUGCCUUGGCUAACGUUUCUGGUCGUAAACACCCAUCCACCGUUCAAGCGAAGCAGCUGAAGAUGUGUCUCCCACUCAUGCCUGUAGUGCUGCACCUCGUCACGUCUCAGGUAUUUCGACCUCAAGUUGUAACAGAAGAGUUCCUUUUCAGUUACGGAACUAUUCUUAGUCACAUUAAAUCCAUAGACUCAGGAGAAACUAACAUAGAUGGAGCCGUAGGACUGAUGGCAUCAGAAGAAUUUAUCAAGAUCACGCUGUCGGCUUUUGAAGCAGUGAUACAGUAUCCUAUUUUAUUGAAAGAUUAUUGCUCUACGGUGGUUGAUUAUAUCCUGCCACCCUUGGUCUCCUUGGUUCAAAGCCAGAAUGUGGAGUGGAGACUCUUCAGCUUGCGGCUGCUCUCAGAAACCACAUCUCUGCUCGUGAACCAGGAGGCUGGCGACGGCAAGAAGGAGGCGAAUGUGGACUCUGACAGCAAUCUUCUGGCUCUCAUUAGAGAUGUCUUACUUCCCCAGUACGAGCACAUCCUCACGGAGCCUGACCCUGUACCAGCAUAUGCUCUGAAGCUGCUAGUUGCCAUGACUGAACACAACCCAACUUUUACCAGACUUGUGGAAGAAAGCAAACUGAUCCCAUGCAUUUUUGAAGUAAUUCUGGAACAUCAGGCGAACAUUCUGGGUAACACCAUGCAAAGUGUGGUCGCGUUGCUCAACAAUCUGGUUGCCUGCAAAGAUUCGAAUAUGAAGCUGCUUUACGAACAAGGACUGGUCCAUCAUGUCUAUAACCUGUUCACUGAAACUGCCACACUGUGCUUGGAUGAGGACAAUAAAAACAACAACGAGAUGGCAGCUGCCCUGCUAUUUUCCCUGCUUGAUAUUUUGCACAGCAUGCUGACCUAUACCUCCGGGGUCGUGCGGCAGGCUCUGCAGGCACAGAAGUCCGGCUCAGGAGGGGGCACUCAGGCCGCAGAAGACCUGCUGCUGCUUGGCAAGCCUCUGACAGACCUCAUCAGCCUGCUUAUCCCGCUGCUUCCUAACAAGGAUCCUGAAAUUUUUGAAGUUUCAUCCAAGUGUCUGUCUAUAUUGGUUCAAUUGUAUGGAGGGGAAAACCCAGACAGCCUAUCUCCCGAAAAUGCAGAGAACUUUGCUGAUUUACUGACAUCCAAAGAGGACCCGAAGGAGCAGAAGCUUCUGUUGAGGAUUCUCAGAAGAAUGGAAGAAAAAAAUGCGGAGACUGUUGUGAAACCAGUGAAAAGUUUUAGAGAAACACUUUGUACCCAAAGGAGUAAAAAGCAAGUGUAAUCAAUUCCUGUGAAAUCUCAUCCCUUAGAACGUUUUCCUGAGACUCUGAGAGGAUGCUCUUAGGAGUUCCCAAGAGGGGUCUUUCCCUGAAUCCACACACACUGUUUGUUUUCAUGCUGGAUGAGGAUCUGUGCCCACGAUCACCACAGCACCCACAAGUUAAUCGAGAACUCUUUGAUUAAUUUAGUUGUAUCUUUCCAACAAAGAGAAGAAACAUCUUGCCGAAAAUUUUUUUCCUUAGUUCCCUGAGAAAACACUCCUGAGGUUUUGAGCAAGACAAAAUCAGGAAGCUUAUGGCCAGUGGAAUAGGGUCAUUUACAGCCAGUCACUCUCAAGACCGAAACUUCUGUAUUUCUGUGGGUGAAACCACAUCCACCUCAAAGAAGAACUAUGUGGAUCUUUGCCGUAGGUUUCCUGAGGAUGUGCAAGUAACAAAGAAAACUUCUGCAAACUCCACCUUGAACAUGUCUCAUUCUCCCUCCGUUUCCUCUGUGCCUCUGCCCCCUCCCCCACCCCAUCCCACAUGGCGGCUCCUCAUGGCCAGGCUGGGCGCUUUCAUGUCCUCUUUCUCUCAGUCUGAUGCUUGUGGGCCCUGGGCAGCAUAAUUUCCCUUCAGUUUUGACUUCUGUAUUUCAGCUCCCUACCCACCUCCUGAAAUUCUUCUGUUAAAUAAAGUUCGUUCCCUAACGAGCCCUCUCCUCUUUGCAUUCCCAUUGCCAUGGGUGGUAUCUUUACCCACCUUUCUAUUAUGAAACGUUUCAAAACCACACGAAAGUUGAAAGAGUAAUAUGAUGAACACCUGUGUAAUCAAAAGUUACCAGAAUUGUUAUCGUUUCCCCAUAUUUUUCAAGUCUCUGUAUGUACUUUAUUCACGCAAAGUGUUGUCACCAUAAUAUUUUUUAUUUCUACGUGGG